GUAACCAUCUGCACGCUUCUCCUAGGGGUGCCGCUUGGAUACCUCUACCGCGUAGUCGCGAUCGAUCGGCGGGAGAUGGGGUCAACAAUCAUCUCCACUCGCUGGCGGCGCUUUAUUGCGGCCAUGUGCCAGGAAUGGGGCGCGACGAAUCUGAUCUGUACCGUGUUGAUCUCAGCGACAGUCGCAGUACUCGCCAUCCCAGAGAUCAACGGCGUCGUACAAACGACAGCGAUCCUCUCCAUUCUCUGCUCGAUUGCCUCUGUCUGCCUCGGCUCCUUCCUCCUCUGGGUGAACCAAUCCCUCAUGGACAACGACAGCCUCGUCACUUUCGCCGACUUCGCUCGCGCCAAGGCCCUGCGUGUCUUCCCGCGCUUGCUCGCGUUUAUCCUCUCCAUCCCGCUCGCUAUGAUGCUCUAUGCGCUCAUGUUCUUCCUCGUCAGCAUCAUGGCCUACUCCGUUGACUCAGGUAUCGCCGGCGUCUCGCGCACCUUUCGACGUACGACCGAGUGGAUUGCUGUCGGCGUCGCGGGCCUGAUUCUCGUGUUCGCGCUCAUCACUGGCGUCACGUUCACCGAUAGAGGGAUGCACUUCUUCAGAUGGCGGAGGGAGAUGAAAGGGAAGAUCGGAGAGAAGUGGAAGGCGUGGAAGGCGCCUCGGCGCGGCGCGACCCGGGGUGAUGCUGAGGACCGUGGCGAGAAUGGGGAGGAUGCCAUGAGUGAAAGGAAGGAUCCCGGCGCUACCACCCCACAGCCUGAUCUUGAGAUCGGUCCGAGCACAUAUCGGCAGUGAGCCUGUGCCCUUGUCAGGGAGGAUGUCUUUGUUCCUAAGAGUAUGUCUUAGUAUAAAACACGUUCACU